AUGCAAAGAGUGAAGGUUUCACUGCUCCUCGGCUGUCUGCUUCUGUUUCAGUUCAGACCAACCGCAGGGCAGAAGAUCAACCUGAUCAAGGUGGGGAAUUGCGUUGAAGCGGGCCUGGAGCUGACGGCUAGCCUCGCCAUCCAGAUCAUGCCCAUGAUGAAAGAUCUGCUGCAGUGCGUGGGCUAUUUGCCCAAGAUCAGCACUGCCAGAGUGAAUAGGGUGCAGCUUCUGGUGAUCAUCUACCAGUUCGUCCAUAAAAUGUUGAUGGGCGAGCGUCUGCCCUGCCUGAUGAAUGCCUACAUGACGCUAUCGAGCGUCGUGGGUCCUCACUUGGAGAAGAUGAACUCCUUGCAAUGUUCCUAUUUGUUUGUGAAGCCACCUCUAUGUUGAGAAAUUCAGAAUAAAAAACGUUGCAUUUUAAAAGGAAAAAAGCAAAUCU